AUGGAAGGAUUGCUAUCGUCAGGACACCUGGUAGAAAACGACUCUAUUCAAUUACAGACAUACAUAGAAGCUUUGGAGACAAUCAACAGACACAGUCCACGCAAAAGACCAAGAUCUGCUACGUCAGAGUCAGAAUAUGAAAUUGUCAGCGAUAUCGGCUCAGGACUCAACUGGAAACGCAGGGGAUUUGUUGCCCUUCUGGAACGAAUACACGCAGGAGGAAUCGAGGAAGUGGUGGUUACCCAAAGGAACUAUUGUGUUGUUUCGGAUUCGAGCUUGUGGAAUGGAUCUUUGAGAAGAAUGGGACUCGGUACAGAUGUUAGUGCCAAGAGUAAUGAAGCCGGAAAACUUGCAGAAGACUUGCUCUCGAUCGUUACUGUAUUUGUGGCAAGACAUAACGGAAUACGUUCAGCCGCCAACCGCAGAAGAAGACGAGAAGCUACCCAAGCCCAAGAAGAUCAAGAGUUCCAAGAUCCCAGCAGGCAAGACACAAUGUACCCGUCUCUUUCCUACACAAGAAGAGCGGUCGAAACUCAGACAAUGGAUAGGACAGCACGCUGGACGUACAAUCAAUGCCUUAUCGCGGAUUUGCGAGCACAAUAUCUCAACGCCAUAAACUUUAAGAAUGACACAAAACUUAAGUGGAUUAUAGAAACGCCUUAUGAUGUACAAGAUGAAGUUAUGAAUGACUUGCUUAAAGGAUAUUCUUCCAACUUUGUUGCAAAUCAUAAAAAAUUCAAGAUGAAGUUUUGUUUUAAAAAGGAUUCUCGACAAUCAAUUGCAAUACUUUUUAAAUGCUGGGACAAGUCUCGUGGUGAAUACGCAUUUCUUCAUAAAAUCAAGUCGGCAGAACCUCUUCCAAAUCAACUUGAAUAUGAUAGUGUCUUGUUGUAA